AUGUGGUUCAUAUGGGCUCAUUUUCAAGUGAAGAUCCUUGUGCCAGUCCUCACGUUCGUCCAGAUCGCUGUUCUCAUAAUAACAUCGAGUCUGUAUCCACAGAAUUACCCAAAGAACGCGAAUGUUAUAGAUGGUCAAAGUUUCGACUUCGUGAUCGUGGGCGGAGGUUCAGCGGGCUGCGUAGUCGCCAACCGGCUCACAGAAGUUCGCAACUGGAGCGUGCUCCUCAUCGAGGCUGGAGAUGAUCCUCCAUAUGUAUCAGAAAUCCCAGGUGUAUCUGUGUUGCUUGGUGCAACAUUACCCGAUUGGGGAUACUACACGACAGACGAUGGCUAUUCCGGGCAGACGCAUAAGCGGAAGAAAAUCCACACCAUUCAAGGAAAAAGCCUCGGAGGUUCUAGCAGUGUCAAUUACAUGUACUACGUGAAAGGAAAUGAGGAAGACUACCAAGAUUGGGUGGAACGAGGGAAUACAGGAUGGGAUUGGAUUACAGUUAUCAAAUAUUUCAUAAAAAUCGAACGAUCAAACACAAAAUCAGAUUCUAACAGUUACCUUAGUGUAUCACAACCACUGUGGGAACAUGAAACCAAAGAAUAUUUUAGUGCAUUUAAAGAAAAGGGGCACAACAUCUUAGCUGACACAAACGGCUUCAAUCGGCUUGGGUAUUAUGUACCAAGCUUCACGAUCGAUAGUCAAAAACAUCGCCGCCAAAGCUCGUCACUAGCAUACAUAAAACCAAUCAUGAACAGAUCAAAUUUACAUAUACUUAAAAAAACAGUUGCCACCAAAAUAAUUUUGGACAGCAAUAAAAAAGCUAUUGCCGUAGAAGUUAAUGAAAAUAAUGUUAAAAAAAGAAUAUUUGCAAAAAACGAAAUCAUAAUUUCCGCUGGUUCUUUAAAUAGCCCUAAAUUAUUAAUGCUAUCAGGAAUUGGGCCAAAAGAACAUUUAGAAGAAGUUAACAUUGAAACUCGGGUUGAUAUUCCUAAUGUUGGCUAUAAUUUGCAAGAUCACAUGUUAGUCCCUCUUCUUUUAACAAGCAGAAAUGAUUCGAAAUUUUUCAUGGACAAUUUUAGAGUUUUGACUCAAGUUGACCAUCUACCUGUUGCUACUAUAAUGGGUUUAGUGGCGUUAGACAAGGACCAAAAAUUUCCAGACUACCAAGUUACGGCGAUUCCCAUCAAAAGCGGUUCUUUAUUACCAGCGCUGAUAUGUUCCCAAGUAUUCGAAUGGAAUGAUGAAAUUUGUAUCGCUAUGGCAAACUCCACAACCCAUCGAGAUAUCUUAUUCACAUUGAUAUCUUUUCUCCACCCUAAAUCGAGAGGAACUGUCCAACUCAAAACUAAUAAUCCAGACAAUGGACCAAUGAUUAACGCUGGAUAUUUUUCAAACAACGAUGACUUGAGGAAAUUUGCAAAAAGCGUUAAAGACUUCACUGAUAUUACAAGCACAAAAUAUUUUAAAGAUAUAAAUUCAGAAAUUAUUGAUUUAAACGUUAAAGAGUGUGAGAAAACUAAAUUUGGUAGCGAAGAAUACUGGGAAUGUUAUGUUUUGAAUUUGGCAGCGUCACAAUUUCAUUAUUCAGGAACAUGCGCAAUGGGUCCUGAUGGAGAAGGCGUGGUAGACGAAAAAUUAAGAGUCAGAGGCGUUAAAGGUUUAAGAGUAGUCGAUGCGAGUAUAAUGCCAACAAUAAUAAGCGGUAAUACAUACGCUUCAGUUUUGAUGAUUGCUGAAAAAGCAUCCGAUAUGAUUAAAAGUGAUAAUGUCUUACGUGACCAAUGUAGUGAUAAGAGUGAAGUACAACAUUUUGAUGCCUGUGCGAAAAGAGUUUAA